AUGCGAGAGCCGAGAGAGAGAGAGAGAGAGAGAAAGAAACAUAAUUCACCACAAAAACAAAGGAUAGAACAUAGAAGAAGAAGAAGAAAAUUAAAAAAAAAGGGUUGAUUUUUGAGCGGAAAACAGAGAGAAAAAGGUGAAAGGGAAAGAAAAUGGCGUUGUACCUGGACGAAGAAGAGGUGUGGAAGUGUCCGAAGCAUCCAUCCAAGCGACGAAGAAGUGGAAUUUGCCCUAUCUGUCUUCGCGACCGUCUCGUUACUCUCUGCCCUGACUGUGCUAACGUGCGCCCCUGUUCCUGCUACGCCACCAGCUCCUCCUCCUCCUCCUCAUCCUCCUCCUCCUUCUCUAGAUUUUCCGUCGCCGGCGACGCCGUCGGCCGCGUCCACAACCUCAUCGAGCAGGAGCCAGGCCUCCGCCGCUCGCGCUCCAUGGCGAUUCCGUUUCUCCGCUCGCGCUCGCGCUUCUCCGGCGGCGGCGCUUCGGAUCUCGACAGCGCGAGGGACUCGCCGGCGCUUAACGGAAGCAGGUCGGCGAGGUCGUUCUGGUCAAUGUUCAAGUCGCAGAAGAGCGGCAGAGGCGGCGCGCCGGAGCAGGAGAAGAUAUUGGCGGAGGAGUGCGACGGCGAGGCGAGCGUGAAGCCGGUGAUGGCGAGGUCGAGGUCGGUGGCGGUGACGGCGGUUUCCGGCGACGGGGAAUUGAGACCGCGGACGAAGGGGAGAGGGUGGUUCUUUCCGAGCCCGAUGAAGGCUUUCCGGCAUAACAAGGUUUCUAAAGUGGUUCAGGAGCGUUCUCCUUUGUAUAGAGGUUGAAAUUUUGUAGAUUAAUUAUAAAAUAUUAAUAAUAAUGAUAAUAAUAAUAACCACAAAUACUUUAUAUCAAUAUUAACCAUAAAUAUUAAAAUUCUCUUUUGUUUCAGUAUGGUCCUGAUUAUAUAAUCUUCAUCGUGAUCGAUCCUAGUGCGUUAUGCUUUGGCUGGGAAUGUUGAAUUUGCAAUACAAAUACAAAUUACAAUGACAGAAAGUGUAUUAUUAUUGUUAUUGUUUAGCUUGUAUGUAAAUCUCAUACGAUUUAUGAAUUUUAGUGAAUUAAUGUUCGUCGGAGAUUAUGCACUCCGUUGGGAAA